AUGGCUGAAACAGAUGAUUAUAAUCAUUCGGAUGUUAAUACAAAUACAACAAAUGUUAAUAUUGAAUUAGCAGCUCGUGAACCAUGGCCAACAAAUGCUUGUCUCUAUGUACCACUUAAAGAACAAAUGAUUCUUUGGGCACCUGAUUGUUUAAGCUCAUUAUGUUUAUUACGUAAAGUACGUGUACCGUCUUUACAUGUUGAACAUGUUCGAAAUGCUGCUGAAAUGUCGAAUUGUGGCAUUCCACCAGUGUUAACAUUAAAUAAUCACAUACUUAGUGAAUUUGAUGAAAUAGCUAAUUUCAUUGAACUUAAAGGAUUACUUAAAGUAGAAAAUGAAGAAAAUACAAUAGUGGAUAGUUAUUCUAUUUUAUGUACUGAAAUACUUGGAGGUUUAAUGAAAUAUUUUUUACUAUGUGAAAAAGCUGGACCGACUGUAUAUCAAUCAUUUACGUCUGUCUAUCCAUGGCCUCUUGGUUUGAUACUAUUUUUAAUAUAUCGAAAUCGUACAAUAAAAAAUUUAAAAGUAAAAGAAAUUUGGCCAUUGUCUUAUGAACAAGCUUUAAUUAAAUUUGAAACAACUGUUAGAGCACUUUCAAAUAAAAUUCAAGAAAUGAAUUCAGGUUAUUUACUUGGUAAUAAUUUUACAAAAGCUGAUGCUCAUCUCUAUGGCCAUUUAUAUACGAUUCUUCAUACAAACAUUAGUGAACAUGAAAAUCUACGAAAUGUACUUCUUAAAUAUAAACCAUUAGUUGAUUAUGUGAACAAUUUAGAAAGAGAUGUACAUGGAGCUGAUGGUACUUAUUCAUUUAUAAUUGAAGUACUUGAUCCUCGUGUAACAUGGCAACGUUAUCUUACAACUUAUUAUAAUGACAUAUUUCAAGUUUUACGUCAAUUAAUUGGUUCAGAUGCUUUAAUUAUGUCACGUUCACUUGGUGAUGAAGAUGGUACAUAUGAUGGACUAAAAAUAGCUCUUCGUUAUAUGCUUGAAAUCGAUCGUCGUGGUUAUGUUUGUUUUGGUUCAAAUAUUGGUAAUUAUCGAACUGAUCCAAAAGCUGAAAAUGGUGGCGGUAGUGAAUUUUAUCCAUGGAAAUUUUAUAAUGAAACAACGAAUAUUUAUCGAUCGUGGGUUAAUUUACAUUAUAAACUUGUACCUAAUCUUUAUAGUCAAGCAUUAUUUAAUCAUUCUUAUUUUCUUGGUCCAAAUAUAUAUACUGUACUAGUGUUACAAGAUCCAACAUCUGGUCAAACAUAA